UGCCAAGAUGGGGAAACAGAACAGCAAGCUGCGCCCAGAGGUCAUGCAGGACUUGCUGGAAAGCACAGAUUUUACAGAGCACGAGAUCCAGGAGUGGUAUAAAGGCUUCUUGAGAGACUGCCCCAGUGGACAUUUGUCAAUGGAGGAGUUUAAGAAAAUUUACGGGAACUUUUUCCCUUAUGGGGAUGCUUCCAAAUUUGCAGAGCACGUCUUUCGCACCUUCGAUGCCAAUGGAGAUGGGACAAUAGACUUUAGAGAAUUUAUCAUAGCCCUGAGCGUAACGUCAAGGGGGAAGCUGGAGCAGAAGCUGAAAUGGGCCUUCAGCAUGUAUGACCUGGAUGGAAAUGGCUACAUCAGCAAGGCAGAAAUGCUCGAGAUUGUGCAGGCAAUCUAUAAGAUGGUCUCCUCUGUAAUGAAAAUGCCUGAAGAUGAGUCGACCCCAGAGAAGAGGACAGAAAAGAUCUUCCGCCAGAUGGACACCAAUAGAGAUGGAAAACUCUCCCUGGAAGAGUUCAUCCGAGGGGCCAAGAGCGACCCGUCCAUAGUGCGCCUCCUGCAGUGCGACCCCAGCAGCGCCGGCCACUUCUGAGCCGGAAGCCCCACCAACUGUAGAGCUGCUUGUGUUCCCUUUGGAGUUUACUUUUUAACAAAAAAAAAAUUUUUUUUUUUGCCAAACGAUAUUGACGGUGAUGCUGUUCCUCGUGUGGUCGGAUGCACCUCCCUCCGUGCCGCCUGCAGCUUCUUUUGUCGUGGACGCUUCAUGGGAAUGUCUAGAGCCCCCCGCGCUUGUGGAGAGCAUGAACAGUGCUGCCGUGCACAGACUUUGUGGUGUUCAUUGUUCUGACGAUUUUUCAUCUUUAUUGUUAUUACUUUCCCUUUGAUUCGAAGGUCUGUGUUCUAAAACCGAAGACUGGGGGAGGCAAGAGAAGAGAAGAGAAAACAAUCCAGUCCAGUGAUUCUAUGGCAAGCUUGAGGGCCCUGUUUGGAAAACAAAAUUCCCCACCUGGGUCUGGAGUAACACAUGCCCUAGGGGUGAUGGCACCAGAUGCUCCAUUUCCCAGGGACCAGGAAUCCUCCGGGGCCAGGCUAUUAAAGGGGCCUGGAGGAUUCCCGCCUGGAGGCCCACCCCAUCCUCUUCCCCAGCAGGUUUUAGUUUCUAAGCUGUGAACAUUUCAAGGUAAAUUCAUAGAGGAGAGGAAAAAGAUGGCUCAGCUAUUUCUUCCCAGGUUUACACUAGUUGAGCUAAGAUGAGUUUCUCUGGAAAUUAAACACAAAUGGUAAUUUAUAUUUCAAAACCAGACCCAUCUUGUUGCCUAUUGUAGUUUAAAAAAAAAAAAAAGAUUGCUGUAUAUAAAAUACUGGGUAUUACAGACGAAAUUAAGUGUUUUGCCUUGUUUAAAUGAAGUGCAUGUUUAGUGAGCACUAAUACAAUCUUAUUACAG